CGGCGUGCCCCGCGCGCAAUGGACGCGGAGGACAAUGACCUGGAAGGAGAACCUGGUUCAGCAGCUGUGGGCAGCGCAGACGUGAGGCGCUCCAUCCCCAUCAAGCUGAUCUCGGAGCGUGGUGCAGCUGCCUCCCGCUCCGGUGGCCUCCCCUGGGCUAUGUACAAAAGCCCCAGGCACCCAUCUCCCGACAGAGAAGGGGCAGGUGAGUAUGCGGAUGAAAGCUUUCGGGUGCAUGAAGAUUAUGGCAGAGAUCACGACAAACAUCCCAAGACCAUCAUAUGGGAUUGUAAGAUUAACAUAUUUGGGAAGAAAGAUGACAUUCCGGUACAUUUUUGCGACAAGUGUGGCCUGCCAAUUAAAAUCUAUGGUCGAAUGAUUCCUUGCAAGCAUGUCUUCUGCUUCGACUGUGCCAGUCUCCAUGAGCAACGGGGAGACAAAAGUUGCCCAGGGACCGUCGUCUCCGUGUACACCGACCCAAUGGCAAGCGCACUGCCUGCUAGGUCACCCAGGUACACAGCAAGGUGCGUGGACCAGGUGCAGCGUAUAGAGCAGUGCUUGCGUGGCACCGUCUUUCUGUGCAACGUGGUGUCGGGCUGCAAGCGCACAUACCUGUCGCAGCGGGACCUGCAGGCACACAUCAACCACCGGCAUGUGCGGCACACCAAGCCGCAGCAACGGCCCCUCGAUCCGCCACCCGCUGUGGGGCAGAUGCAUCCCAGCGUUGUCAGCGAAGAGCACCAUGUGGUGGCCCCGGGGCCGGGCGUGCACGACCACUACCAGAAGCCACCCAACAUCGCUCAUGAUGAGUCGGCUCCCCCUCCACCCGACAUGCCGCCCCACCCCCCCAUCGUACCCCCAUCCGCCGCGGCAGUGGCGGCGGCCGUGGCAUCGGCGGCCGCAGCGGCCGCGGCAGCGGCGGCCGUCCCAUCGCCGCGCUGCGCCCCGCAAGAGAGCUACCGCAUCACCACCAUAACGACGGCGCGCAAACACUGCAACCUCAUCACCGUGCCCAUCCAGGGCCAGGAGGGCGGGCAGGGCCACGGCCCGCCCUCCGGUGGGGGCGGCGGCGCAUACGCCGAAGUGGGCCGCCGCGUGGACUACCCGGCGCAGGCGCCGCCCAACGGCCCCCCGCCGCCACCGCCCCCUCCGCCGCAGCCGCCCCGCCCGCCCCACCACAUGCACUUCGUGGCGCCACCCUCCAUUCCCAUGAGCCACCCGCCGGCGCACAUGGCCUACAGCCAGCCGCCCCCGCCCAUUGUCGGCCAGAGACCGCCUGUGCCCUUCAUGGGCCAGCCGCCGCCCCCGCUGCACUACACGCCGCCGCCGCCCGGCCCGCUCACGCCACCCUACAGCCAGCCGCCCUCCGUGGGCCUGUGGGGUGCGGCGAGGCCGCCGCCCCCCGUGCCCCCGCCCCCCCGGGGCCCCGUGCCUCCGCCCGGUUCACUACCCCCAUCCGUAACAGCGCCACCGGAUCAGACGCGGUACAGGCCCUAUUACCAAUAGCUAGGCUUGUGGGAGCGGUGGUGUCACGCGCGUGUGAGUGCCACCGGCCAUAGGGGAUUUUCUAGGGUCUGAGUUGCGCUCCGUGACACUAAGACUGAGGGUGGGCGAGCGAGCGUGCGGUGUGCUGUGUACCCCCCGCACCCAGUGAUUAAUCGUGGCUGCGAUUAAUUGACUUGAUUGAACGCCGCUUAAACAUUGUACUGGUCCUGAGUGGGAUGCAUUUUUUCAUUGACGUAUACUUUUCUUAUGCAUCUUAUUGAUUUUCAAGCUUUUAUGUAAAUUAACAGAACGAUGUUUAGAAUUGGAUGUUAUCCAGUGACAGAUUAAAUGUAUUAAAAUUAUUUUACCUCCUUCAGAAGACUUUUCUCCCUCAGGACCUGGGCAAAUGCACUGGGGUCCCAUGAGAGCCAGGUAAAUGUCUGCAUCUUCCUGCUAAAUACAAGCAAUGGAUGGCAUUCAUCUCAUUUGGAGGACCUGAGUUGUGUAAAUUCCACAUUGCAAUGCCAUUGUCUUGUCUAUCGCCAGUACUCACUUCUUUGACCCAGCUUGGAAUUAUUUUUUUACUCACAAUCUCUCGGGUUCUUGGUCAGAGCUGUACUGGAAAUUGUAGAACAUAUAAUUAAUGUAAUAAAGUGGUUACUAAGCCAAAGAUUAAAAAGCCCCAUUCAAAAUAUUUGGAAUCGCGUGACAAGCGGUGUUUGGCACAAGAAAAUAUCUAACCAAUGUUGCACCAGUGCAUAAGGCAUCAAUGGUGAGGUAAAGCAGUGAAAGGAAAUGGUAAAUGAGCUGACUUUUCUUGAAAUAUUAAAAUGGUAAAAACAGUUUUAGGGCAAAACCACAUGUCCAUUUAAUUACCAUUGCUGCACAACACAUUCCUGCGGAGGGAGCUGGUAGGAACGUUGGGUUGCUCGGUCAAUGCCAGGGUCAACGGCGGCGUGGUGUAUUCCGCAAAUAUGCCCGACUGUGAGGGCGGGCACAAGCCGGCGUGAGUAGGUUAAACGUUGAGUUUUAUAAGGGCACCACGGGGUGACCAGCCCCUCCCCACCGAGCCCCACCCCUCCCACCCCCCACCCAGCCCCUCCCCACCUUCCCCUCUCCACCCAGCCCCACCCCUCCCAUUUUUGGAUGCAUGACGGAUGGACGGACACAAUAAACUGCUGUGGGCUGGUGUAAUCAGGAGGUUCCUACCAGUAGAAUAUACAUUGUUUAGUGUGUUGUCCUUCCCCUGCACCUUUGAUUAUCAUGGUUGGCUAUGUACGGUAUAAAAGAAGUACAACGUACAUACAAUAGAGUAAGUUCCCUUGACGGAGUCUUAAAAUCUACAACUAAUGUUCACAAACUAUAGCUCAAACCACGUGUUUUUUUUACUCCCAACCGACAGGGCUGCAUGCUGGUCAGGAGGUGGCAGCACAAUAAAUCAGUGGCUGCCAGAUUCUUGAGCGUCGUCACCUUGUAUGCAUGCGUUUUUUUCAGUGUAUUCCAGUUCAUUCCCAUACAAAAGUUUGCUUUUAAAGGGACAAAAACAUCGCAACAACAAAUAGCUCCGUUAGACACUUAUUUGGACUGUUUAUGAGACUCCCUGAUAAAAUUUACAGAUUUUGUUGUUAUUCUGGUCUAUUGGACUGUCAUGAUUCUGUCGUGAUAUCACCGCAUGUCCAUUAAUAUCUGGGAGGACGUCGCAGAGUUUUCACACCUCAAUGUACUUUGACAUUUUUUUUUCUCAAUGAAACCUCAAACUCAUUGGAUACGUAGUUAAUUUUUGGUGAGGCCACGUAAUGAUCUAACCAAGUCUUUACAGUUAACCCUUUACUACCCAACAGCCAAACAAAUUAAUUGUCACGUUUACACGAGUUUAAUGCGCAAAUUAUAGUUGGUUUUGGUUCGCUGCUAAAUUCGAGAGCAAUCCUCGCAAACGAAGUUGGAAACGACGUUUAGUUUGAAACUAUGUCCAACAUCAGCAAAACGAGAUUCAAAAAGUCAAGACCAAUGGGCUUGCAUAAUGCGCAUGCAUAAUGUAUGUUUACUCAUUAAUCCCCCCCCCCCCCCCCGUUUUGCGUAAGAGCGCAGAAAGGUGGUCACCACAUCUACACCUCUAAGGAAUGAAACAGGUGGACUUCACAAAUCUGGCUGUCACCUGAUGAAGCUAGUUGUAAUUACUGGUGAAACAUUGUACUCGGAAUGUAAAUGGUGUGACUUGGCUCACCAACGCACCGGUGUGCUGUACUAGUGACGAAUUGCCAUUUUCUGUUUAUGUGACAACCCUUACUCGUUGGCUGUGGCGGGUUUAACGAGACAUUUAUAUAUUUAUGCGAUCUAACCCAAAAAACGCUAUUAUGGAGAUCCAAAAGUCAGUAACAAUGCAGGACGUCUGGCGGGUGGUGCGGGGUUCUUAACGAUACAGAUUUGGUCAGAUAAUAACAUGUCUUACUCAAAAAACUAUGACUUUAAACUUUAGUGACUGCAGGAAUUCGUAUUAUUUGGUUCUUUCGGUAAAGUCCCGAAGAUAAAAUAGAGUGGAAAAAAACCACGACGUUUCUAAAGGCAAACUGUUAAUAAAGGUUUAGAGAUGGGUGUAGCCCAAGUGUGUCAGCAGCAUGGGCGGGGCAGCUAAUGUUAAUGUAGGAGAAAGCAAUGCCAACGCAGUGGGUCCACUCAUGAAAAGGGC